AUGGCUACUGCAGCUCCAAUCAAUGCCACUCCUGCGCACGACCUGGGCGGUCUACGCAGCGGGAUCAAGGCUACAAACCUCAACGCCUCUCCCGAAACCAAAGCAUACACUAUCCCUCGCGGGCCCGUCACCUCGCAGUUGAGCUUCUACGUUCCCCCCGCCGAUGGCUCGGCACCAUAUAACUGGGUCGAGAAGCAACCAGAGGGCGUGCCCCAAAACAACUACGGGACAGCCGUACACGACGUAGAGAUCCAGGAUAUCCGCGGACGAGAGAACGAGUUCACACUGGACAGAAACUCGUUUGAGCCUCUCGUGAAUAUCCCAUCCUCUGAGCACGACUUUACCGACGAGCAGCGAAUCAAGGAAAUCUACUACCCCGAAGUCGAGAACCUCUUGCUCUCUAACCUCCCUGGUGCCCACCGCAUCUUCAUCUUCGACCACACGAUCCGUCGCCCGGGACCGAAUGCGGCUCGGGGUCCCGUGAACCGCGUACACAUUGACCAGACCCCUAGAGCGGCCGAGGAGCGAGUACGCAUUCAUCUCGGCGAGGACGCGGAGAAGCUGCUACAGGGAAGAUACCGUAUUGUCAAUGUAUGGCGGCCACUGAACGGACCCGUGGUGGCCUCUCCGUUGGCCUUCGCCGAUGGAUCGUCCGUGGAAGACGAGGAUAUCGUUGGCGUUCAGCACAGAUAUCCCCACCGCACCGGCGAGACUGCAGGCGUCAAGUACAACCCCGGCCAGAGAUGGUAUUACUUGUCUGGAAUGCGCAACGAUGAGAGAUUGCUCCUCAAGUGCAGCGAUAGCGACGAGGACGUGGGCAGCUACGGCCGUGUGCCGCAUACUGCGUUUACGGAUUCGCGAACCCCCGAGGGCGCGCCAGGAAGAGAAAGCGUCGAAGUGAGGGCGUUGGUAUUUGGUUGA